GUGGAUGGCGCUAUUUCCCCUAGUGAUCUGGGUUGAAAUUCUUCUGUCUGAAAAAAAUACGUUCGAUGACACCGCGGUGGUGGCACCGUCAGCAAGCAGUAGGCACACACAGCUGAGCUCGCACCCCUCUGAGCGAUCUAUCGUCAUCAUCGGUUUCCCACGCUGGUAUGUUCUCCAACCGAAAAGGGAACAGUUCACUCGCUACUGCUUUUCCCCACAACGGUUCUAACUUCGAAUCCUCGAUAGCCAUGGUGGGAGCAACAUCGUCGCGGAUUUAGGUGACAUUAUCGGAGAUAAGAAACUACUACAUCGAGACAACAAAGCAUUCCUUUUUUUUCUUCUUUUUUUUAUUUUUACGGCGGGUGGAAAGACUGCAUCUGACCUGAAAAUAAGCUCCGGGGACGGGGUCACUGGUCGAAACAACGCACAUCGUUUCUGGCCUCCCCUGCCCGAGAGCUCCAUGGAGAAGAUGAAGAGGUUCAGAAGGAGGCUGUCCCAGACUCUGAGAGGUAGUCAGACCAUGGAUGAGUCUCUGUCUGAACGGGCUGAACAGAUGACUAUAGAGGAGAACGGCAUCAAAGACAGCGAGCCAAUGGUGAGGAACGGUCACGGUCGCCCCCCCUCAGUCCACAGUGUUCACUCCUUCCUGCACCAGUACACAGGUCCCUUUAAGAAGCCCACACUACGGAGACCUCAGAGUGUCAUAGGAGGAGGAGGGCUAGGGUCUCUCAUAGCUAUGCCCCGCAACGGCAGCCGCCUCGACAUUGUCCAUGAGAACAUGAAGAUGGGUUCUGAUGGAGAGAGUGACCAUGCAUCAGGGACGAGCUCAGACGAGGUGCAGUCUCCCACAGGAGUGUGUCUAAGGAACAGGGGCAACCGACGCAUUUCCGCAGAGGACCUGAACAAGCGUCUGUCCCUGCCUGCUGACAUCCGUAUCCCAGACGGUUACCUGGAGAAACUACAGCUGACCAGCCCCUCCUUUGACCAGCCCCUCAGCCGCCGCUCCCGAAGAGCAUCACUGUCAGAAAUUGGAUUCGGCAAACUGGAGACCUACAUCAAACUGGACAAAUUAGGAGAGGGGACGUAUGCUACAGUGUUUAAAGGAAGGAGUAAACUGACAGACAACCUGGUGGCUCUGAAGGAGAUCAGACUGGAGCACGAGGAAGGAGCACCCUGCACCGCCAUCAGAGAGGUGUCCUUACUGAAGGACCUGAAACACGCCAACAUUGUGACCCUGCACGAUAUCAUCCACACAGACAAGUCCCUGACGCUAGUCUUCGAGUACCUGGACAAGGAUCUGAAGCAGUACAUGGACGACUGUGGGAACAUCCUGAGCAUGCAGAACGUCAAGAUAUUCUUGUUCCAGAUCUUGCGAGGGCUGGCGUACUGUCACAAACGGAAGGUUCUACACAGAGAUCUGAAGCCUCAGAACCUGCUCAUCAACGACCGAGGAGAACUCAAACUGGCAGACUUCGGUCUGGCCCGGGCCAAGUCAGUCCCCACUAAGACGUACUCCAACGAGGUGGUGACGCUCUGGUACCGGCCUCCUGACGUUCUACUGGGCUCCUCAGAGUACUCCACACAGAUAGACAUGUGGGGUGUGGGGUGUAUAUUCUAUGAGAUGGCUGCCGGGAGGCCUCUGUUCCCUGGUUCUGCUGUGGAGGAUGAACUGCAUCUCAUCUUUAGACUGCUGGGCACACCCACAGAGGACAGCUGGCCUGGGAUCUCCUCCAUGGACGAGUUCAAGUCCUACAAGUUCCCCAAGUACAAGACACAGCCCCUUAUCAACCAUGCACCCAGGUUAGACACUGACGGCAUUGACCUGCUUCUGUCAUUUCUAAAAUACGAGUCCAAGAAGCGGAUGUCUGCAGAUGAGUCGAUGAGAGAGCCCUACUUCAGCAGCCUGGGAACGCGCGCACACACACUGCCAGAGAGCAUAUCCAUAUUUACACUGAAGGAGGUCCAACUGCAAAGAGAUCCUGGCUAUAGGAACUCUAACUAUCCUGAGUCAGGUAAUGGCAAGAACAGAAGGCAGAGCAUGCUCUUCUAGGUUCCUGUUCAACAGCUACCUGUACAGUCAUACAGACGGAGACAGUUCAGUCCCAGAGAUGGAUAUCUACAAGGGCCAGGGGGGUAGGAUACCCCCCCCCCCUCCUCCUCCCUCUGUGUGGCCCCCCCCUACCUGCCAGGGGCCCCUAUCUACAGUACAGUUUGGCCCCUGUGGUUCUGGCCCGGUGAAACUGGGAGAAUUUGCUGCUAAAAAUCCAACUACUGUCUAGAAGAUUCUAACUGGCUCAGUCACUUUAAAAAAAAAAACAUGCAAUGUGUAUAGAUUUUUUAUUAUUUUUAAGUGGUGUUUUGCUCUUUAGUCAUCAUUCAUUUCCAUUAUUGCCACCUCAAAACUCCUCUAAGUGUGUGUGAGUGUAAGACAGACAGACAGAGGGAUCUUUGUUGUUGCGGAGUCUGAUGUUUUGGAUUUUCUCUUUUCUGUUGGCGUGCAUUCAAACAUCAUCCAUAUUUCUGGACCUUUUAUUUCACAAGAUACUGUUGAGGCCAGUUCAGCCCUGACCAUAUCCACCUGCUGUCAACCUGAAAUACUGUACCUCCAUUUUGAUAGAAGAUAUGCGAGCAGUGAUUGGCUUGGUGAAAACAGGUUCACAUAGUUGUUAGUGGAUAUAAGCUAUGUAGAUCUGGAGCUUCCACCAUACAGUAUUGCUCCCAACACCUACUAGUUAGAGCGCGGAAGCAAGCCGAUAGGGAGAAGAUUGAGACCGUCUGGAUGAUUGCUUUGCAAUGUCAUAUCAUUCCAGAAUGCUGUGGUCUCUUGUCAUGACUCAUGACCAAUGAAUGAACAAAAAAAACAGAAAGACAAAGACAUGUAGAAUUUGACAUAGGCAUUACAGGAAUGUGACAAAUAUAUGACUCCCAAAUUCUUCUGAACACCCAGAGACAUUGGCCAUGGUCCAGGUCACCUACAUUGCAGAUGGGUUGCUCAGGUUAUUGGAUCAUUAAGUCAUAUUGAUGAGGGUUCCUGCAAUAUGAAAUGCUACUUUCUCAUUUGUAGAAAUCUGAUACAAAUGUAAUUGGUCAUAGAUCUUCUACAAAUGAGGAACUAUUUUUUUAAUGACAGUAAAUCUAUCAAUAUGACCUAACAAUCUAAUACCCUGCACAACGUGACUGUGAUGUAGGCGACCUGGAACGCGUCUAUUACCACCGCAUGAUGACAACUCCUCUCCUCUCUAUUGCACCAAACUUCCUGUGUCUGUCAUGAAGGAUGUGUGAGCGGAGCUGAAAUCCCACUGUACUGUCCAACCACUGUCAUCCAUCCAUACAUUCAUUCAUUCCCAUCCUCCAUCAACCAACUGUAAAAUCGUACCUUGUUUUGGAUUGCGUUCAUCAUAAUUGUGUUGCAUGCUUGCUCUGUAUGGGAAAAGAAGCGCACAUACAGUCACUGAACUUCUCGGUUGCGUCCGAAAUGUCACCCUACUAUGGGGUUCUGGUCAAAAGUAGUAGACUAUAUGGAAUAGGGUGCUAUUUCGGAUGGACCCUUCCGAUUCUAUUCAGGGUGCUCUUAGUACUAGUCCAAGGCCCAUAUUUAUGAAGCAUCUCAGAGUAGGAAUUCUGAUCUAGGGUCAGUUAUACCUUUAUGAUCAUAAUGAAUAAGACUCUGGGUACUCCAGCGGCUCUGAGAAGAGACUAUGAAUAAGAUUACAUGGACUGGGAGGACCUGAUCCUAGAUCAGCACUCCUAUUCGGAGACGCUUUAUGAAUGAAGGCCCAGUUCUCCUAGUGAAUACAGUACUGAGCCUGCUACGGUCAAUUUAACAGUGUUACCUACCUGAUGUUUUGUAUGAUACUAUUACAUGAAGUUUAUUUGUGGAUCAUUGUUAUUAUUGGUGUGGCAUGUCGUUGGGGAUGUCCUCCUUAUAUUUGAGCUUGAUUUUUUUCAGAGAAAAUAAAAUGUAACUGAAGGUGAAAAAUACUUGGAGAAGUUUUCUGGUGUGUCACUUCUGCACACAGUGCUUCAGACUUCUACUGUAUAAUAUGAAGACCAGAAGGCAGUUGCAACAUUCAAUGCUUCAGGUUUAUUCAAAACUUUUCACCAAUAUAAAAUUAUACAGAAUAUAUACUGCAUAACAAAAAAACAUUAAAGUGUUACAAAGCUUUUUCAUUGA